AUGGGUUUCAUGUCUCUUCGAUUUUUAUUUGCUUUUUAUGUUUUUUAUGAUGUUCGAGCUAGUGUUGAUGAGUAUCGGUUGCUGCAGUACUUGAAAGAGAACUAUGACUCUUUCGAACGUCCUGUAGAAAAUAGCUCCGCCCCUUUAGACGUACAAGUCCGAUUUUUAUUGAAUCAAAUUUUGGAUAUUGAUGAGAAGAAUCAAGUGAUGUCAAUUCUAGCGUAUAUGGAUUAUCAUUGGAACGAUUACAAGUUGAAAUGGGAUCCCAAAAUGUUUGGAGGAAUUCGAGAUGUCAGAUUUUCAGGAGACGACGAUGCAAGUUUCAAGUUAUGGAGACCAGACGUACUGCUAUUCAACAGUGUCUCCGAAUCAUUUGACUCCACAUAUUCCUCUAGAUUCAUCGUGUCUUCUAACGGCGAUGUUCAACAAAACCCACCUGGAAUUUUUAGAUUUAUUUGUCAGAUCGACGUCACCUACUACCCAUUUGAUCGUCAGACUUGUUUCCUAAAAUUAGGAUCAUGGACCUACAAUGGCCAAUAUAUCAAUUUGGAUUUUCUGUUGAGAGAAAUUAUUGGAUUACACGGUAAACCAAUCAUAGUGGAGCCAGAACGUUCUUCUACGAACUCGGCGUCAUAUUUUGUGAAUGAAUCGAUUGAUCUACAAGUUUAUCUUCAGAACGGAGAAUGGGAUCUGGAAGGGACGCCGGGGAAACGAGUUGUUCAGAAAUUCGGUACCGACGAAUACCAUGAGCUCUACUUCUACAUUCAUAUUCGUCGAAGAACCUUGGCAUACGGAAUCAAUUUGAUAAUUCCAUCUCUAGUAAUUUCGAUGAUGACUAUUUUGGGAUUCACCCUUCCACCAGAUGCUUGUGAAAAGAUUACUUUGGAAACCACCGUCCUCCUCUCCGUCAUCUUUUUUCUUCAAAUGGUCUCGAACACAAGUCCCCCACAAUCUCAAAGUGUUCCUAUUCUCGCGGCAUUUUUUUCCUGUUGCUUGAUGCUGGUUGCGUGUUCCUGUGUCUUCACAGUCUUAACAUUAUCCCUACAUCAUCGAAAACCAGAAACUCAUGAAAUGAGCCCAACGAUGCGAAAAAUUUUCAUCGACUGGCUCCCCUAUAUUCUUUGUAUGUGUAAACCAGAUCACCCAAAAACGCCGAAACCAAAAGUUCUCGGCAAAUCGAUUGCUCCAAUCCAUCGGUUAUCGACAAUUCCAAUGCUGAAUCUUCCUAGAGUCUCACAGACACAAUUUCCGGAUCGCAGUGUCUUUGUAUACCACGAAGUACCAGCCAUCAUAAAAAAUACGUCGAGAAUCUGCUCGGAGCUCUUGAUCAUUGAAAAAGAUAUUGAAAAGAUGGUGAACAAGAUUGAGGAGGACUCGAAAGAAGAAAUGUUGCGGUCGGAAUGGAGGUUCGCUGCAAUGGCUGUGGAUAGACUGUGUCUUUACGUGUUCUCUGCAUUUAUCACUAAUGCUCCAAAAAUUGCAGUUUCUCGUUUCCCAAAAACAACACCUCCUACUACUUUCUAUUUUCCCGAAACUAAAAAGAAAACAAGAAAGAAUUCAUAA